CAGUUUAUUUAUUACUAAGGUUACAAAUAAAAAAAAAAAAAAAAAAAAAAAAAAUUAAACAAAGCGUGUUUAUUCUUUAUUGUUAUUAUAUUUAUUAUUAUUAUCAUUAUUCGAUUCAUCGAAUUAAAAUUAAAAUACCACAAAUUUUUGUUGUGAUUAUGAGUGUCAUACAUAUAUAGAUAUACAAAUUCUAUAUAUUUAUUUAUAAUAAUGAUAAGAUAAAAAUAAUUCUAAUCAAAUUUUUUAAAAAAGUAAAUUAUAACUAAAAAUAUAAUUAAAAUGGCGAAGACAAAGACAAUUAGCAAAGGAUGUCCGAAAUGUGAAUUACAGGUUCCAGUGGCUUGCAAAGCCUGUCCCUGUGGUCAUUCAUUUUUUAACGCACGUAGAAAUUCAAUAAAAAGUCCACCGAGUCCUGACGGUACUGGUGCAAUGAAAACAAGACGUACUAAUAGAAUAAAACGUCGGAUUAAUUAUUACGAUGCAUUAGAAUAUGAUAAGCAAACAAAAAAAACUGCUAAGUUACGCCGUGCAGCUGAACCAAAUUCAUUCAAUAAUUGCGCUCAGCUAAACAAAAAGAAAAAACGUAAAGUCAGUAAAACAAAAAGUAAUCGCACAGGCGGUAACGGUAGUGUCGGUGAUGAUGAAGAAGAUAAUGAAGGUGUCAAUGCAUUAUCACCUGAAAAACAAUUAACGUGUUCAUUAAUAUUACAAGAAAUAAAUAGCAAAUUUCUUAACGUCGCCUGGAAGCCAAUGUGAUUAUUUUACUUAUUAAGUUACUUUUUAUAAGGAUAAAUUAAUUUUAAUUAACAAUAAUAAUAAUUAUAAUUACGUGUUUAUUAAUAAUUGAAUUGAAGAUAUUUUUUUCUUUUUUUUUUAUAUAAUAAAAUACAUUACAUUAAUUGUACAAUUACAAUUCAUUCAUUAAUUCAUUUAUAACAAUUGUAAUAAUUGUGCAAUAAAAUACAAUUUUUUUAUCAUUAUUCAUAAUAAUUACUGAUUAAUUUUAUUUAACAUACUAUUUAUCGUUUACUUAAAUAUAUACUUAUAUUUAUAUAUAAUUAGUUUUACUUAAUUAUUUAUUCUCUUUUCAUUACAAUUACUUACAUCAAUAAAAUCAAUAUAAAUAUUUAUAUGAUAAAUUAAAAAAUAAAGCAAAUGUAUUUAUAAAAAAAAAAAAUACUGUAAAAUAUAAAUGAAUUAAUUAAUUACAAUUAAUUUAUAAAAUUGAUGGCAUGAUUUUUAUACAAUUUUUAUGAUUAGUUUAAUUAUUUUAUUUAAAACUUAAAAUUAAAUACAAUCGGAAGUUUAUUUUUUUUAUUAAUAAUUUUCUUAAACUACAAAAAAAUUAUAAACGCGAAAUUUGAGUGAUAGACAAAAUAUUUAAAAGCUGGUCCGCCUGAUAAAAAUUAAUAUAAACCAUAGUUUUUUUUUUAUGAACAAAAUUUUAUGCGCACCCAAUCGCAAAAGCGUAAAAUGUGCUCGGUAUUAUUUGAAUAAUUUUUGAGCGGUUUAUUUAUUUAUAAAACUUAUUUUGUCUUUGAUUCAAAUUUCGUAUCACUACUAAUUUCGCAAUUUAAAAAUGCAUAAAAUAAAUUCCUUUAAUAAAACGCUUUUAGCGUACGGUCAAUAAUUCGUUUCAUUUAAAACUCAACAUUUUUUUUUUAUAAUUAUCACAAAAAAUAUUAAAAGUUUUUUUUAAAUUCAAUAUUCUAUAAAUAAUCACAUAAAAUUAAUUAAAUAACAAAAAAAUGUAUCAAAUUUUUUUUGUAAAAAAAAAUGAUCUAAAAUAAUAUAGAGGCCGUUCAUAAAAUAAAACGCAAAAUUUUAGCCCUCCCCGAUCAUUAUAACGGAAUUAUAUACAUAGAAAUAUUUAUAUAUAUUCAUAAAUAUGAAACUAAUGAUUUUUUAUCGUAACAAAAAAAUAAAAUUUUAGAAAACCGAUAAAAAUUUGCAACAUUGUUUGAUAAGCUUGCGAUCGUCGCGACCCCUCUAAGUGAAAACAUAUCAGGAGACACAGUAGUGUCUCGCGCCAAGUACACGUUCAAAUCAAACACAUAUGUGUGAAGUUUCAUGGCGCGAGCCUACUGUGUCUAUACCGUAGACCGAACGCUAUUUAGCUCAAAUUUAAAAACAAAUUUUAUAAACGGCCCCUGAAAAUUCUUGUGCUUCCUACAUAUGUAAUAUUUUAAUAUAAGUACCUACUUAUAAUUAAUAGUUAAGAAUUAAAAUUUUUUUUAAAAACUAUAUUGAGUCUAUUUCAUUAAUUAUUAUCAUUUUUCUACAAAAUAAUAAAAAAAAUAAUGAUUUUGCAGUUAUAUGUGCAUUUAUAUAUGAAUAUAUAAUCUACUUAUAUAUUUACUUAUUUAUAUAAAUUUAUAAUUACACAUUAUAGUUAAUAAGGCAAGACAUUAAUGUCUUAAACUUUCUUCAUGAACAAUUUUAAUUAUAUCUAACUACGAUUAAGUUUAAAGUUAACAAAUUUCAAGCGCAAUAAUCGCGAGAGUAAUAAAAAAUUCACCUAAAAUAAAUUUAUAGAAAAGAAAAAAAAUCGGCAGUGACUUUAAUUUAAUUUACGAGGGUCGGUAGUUAUUUUUAUUCAAAUAUAGUACCGUUACUUCACUUAAGAAUGAACGAAAAAAAAACCCGACCCCUUAUAAAUUAAAUAUAAAAAAUAAAAAUAAUAAAGUAGGCAUCGUAUUAAACUUUACUAGCUUGCAAUGCAAGAUUAUUAGCCUGUCGUUUCUUAAUAAACGGAACACAAGCCCACAGUGACGCACCAGCAAUUAAAACAA